GUUGUCUCAGAGUCGUCAGAUGGUUUGCGUUUAAAAUAAACAGAUUUUAUACUCCGUGAUUGCAAAUUGUAUCGUUCCUUCGCGUCUGAUCACAACGUUCAAAUGUAAAAUGAUACUUGGCCGUGAGUUAGACGUAAAUGUGAUUAGCAAGUUGUUGUGGAAGUUUUCUUGGUGUUAAAUUCUACAAUCGAGAGAACGAAUAAAAGCCGCAGUGUGUGAAUAUUUCAUCCGUAAUGACGGAAUUGUAGAAACGGAUGGUGAAAACUAGAUAGAAAUCUAAUAACUGAGUGAAAAUGGAUUCCUCUUACAAUUCCCUUACCACCCUGACGUUUUUGCUGUCUUUUAUGGUUCUACAGAGUUUCGAAGAGCUAGUUUUGCUGCGCCAUCCUACGAUAGAAAAUGGAGCGACAAGAAAUGUGACUUGCGUGUCAGAUUUCGACGACGCUGCGUUGAUAUGGAAUUCCAAGAAGGACUUUGAACCUGACGAGACAAGGAAUAAUUUGGCCAAUUUUCUGCCGAAGAACACAGCGUCAGAUAAGGACUUCGGAUGUGCAAUUUGGGAUAAAUUGCGUUGCAAAAUACAUUGGGCAAAAACCGGUGAUUGGACAUUAGCCAAGUCUAAUACAAAGCCAAUGGGUCCCGCGUUCGACUAUCGAUGGGAAGAUUUCAAAGAAUACGUCUUUGAGAACUCACUUAGCAAAAAUGAAUUUCAACCUGUCGGUGAGGUGCCAGAGGGGUUCGGCAGCGUAUUUUUCUCAGCCCGAGGAAGACGUUCAGUUCAAGUAGUUUUAUGCGAAACUAAAAAUGCAACGAAGUCGUCAUGCUUUUGGAUAAGCCUCGCGGUUAACAACGGGAAUAUAUCGAGUAUUGCGUCCUGCGAAAAGGGAAUACCCAAGAAAGAGAAAAAGAAGCAGAACGUGGGAUGCAACACUAAAAUCAAGUCGGAGCACAACGAAGAUAUUUUUCACCCGUACGAAUGGCGUACGUUUGGAUUAUCAUGGAACAGCAGUGACCGCUCGAUAAAGGUUUUCAACGGUACUGAUAUCAAGCCAUUCUUGGAAUGCAAUUUUGAGAACUGGUAUAACGUGAAACACAUUCUAGUUCGAAGCAACAAAGAAACUCGCAUUCGAUUCCACCUUUACGAUUAUUGGUUGACGACACAGAAAAAUACCAUCUUAUCUACUGCUGCGUUCAAUCAACAUGACCAAAAAUUAUGUAUGAAACUACUGGUUAGCCUUUGCUCCGAAUGCACAUUAAAUAUUACCCUGGUAGAUGCAGAUAAGAAUAGAUUUCCGUUAAAAAAUAUAUCAAGAAAAGGAGAAACAUCUAGAUACGGUGAAACUGUGCUGUGGGAAUCGUUCAAAAUAGAGGUGUUAUCGGCAGACAUCACGAAACUAGUAAAACUGGAAGUGCAAACCUUUAUAAAUCAAGAUGGAGAAAGGGGUUACUGGGCAAUCGAUAAUUUCCGAAUGUGCGAAUCAGAGGUUGAGUCAUCCCAUGCUACUACGAAAAUUGAAGCUUUUCACGAUUGUACAACGAUUUCCGAACAAAGUCAAAAAUACCUUCGUUCGCACAGUACAAGAAAAUCGACCGUAACUAUUUAUCGAGAAAAGAACUCGAACACUUGGCCCAAAAUCAAUUGUCAAAAACUGUCUAAUAACGUCACCGAGAAUGCGGUAAUAUAUUUGCCAAAAGAAAGAAAUCAUGCCGAUACAAUCCAAGAUCAUAAAUUCCAUGGUGAGACAGAAAAAGCGAAACAAUCGCCGGAAACAAACUUUGACGCAGGAUGGAUAAUUUGUCGCUCUAACGGUUGUGUUUCUGAUCAAGGUCAUACGGAUAUUGCUAACGAGUGUGUAAAAGAAUGUCUCGAUGGCUUCUACGGACACGAUUUUCCAAAAUAUGGAAUUUGCAAUGAUGCCGAACCCUGCAACAAGACAACUGGAUUUUGCGAUAAGGGGUGUGCUGACCUCGAGCUCUCACCACCGUUAUGUAAACCAGUACCAGGAAAAGUACGAAACUUGAUUUCCCAAAAUAAAUCGGAAGAUGUCAUUGAAUUGAAAUGGGAUCCCCCUGUUGACAAAAAUGAAAUCCUCAACUACACCGUCACAAUUAAGAGAGAUGAGUUGUUCGGUUGCAAGAACCUCGGAAAAUCGUCGCCGUGUGAGGACGAGGCAUCAUACGAAGUGACGAAUACUUCUGUGAUCCUCAAAGAAUUGAAUCCCUACGCGCUUUACACGGCAACGGUGAUCGCCAAACCUGCGAACCCGAAAAGGCCGUCAACGGUCACAUUUCGAACACUUGAAAAGAGUAUACCCACGGCAAAAAUCAGCCAUCUACGAUUCAAUGAGGAAGAAGAUCGCCUCGAAUGGAAGGCGCCUGAGGAUUGCACGACAAUUUCAGGCCGUCACGGAGCCACAAAAUUGUGCAUCGAAAAAGUGGACGGACCGGAAGAAAAGCCUAUAACGGUGACCGUCAACGCUACAAAUUUCUAUUACGAUUUGAAACAGCUUAAACUGGAACCGUAUACGAAUUACAAUGUCCGAGCUUAUAUCUUGAGAGAUGCCGAAACAGCCUCAGAGAAUCAUAACGUAUAUGCAGAACUGACUUGGAGGUCACCACCGACCGCACCAAAGCCAGUCAAAGGUUUGGAGGCAUACGAAGUCGAUUUAAAGAAAAAUACCACCUCUCUACGGUGGAAACAUACAGAAAGGAGCGCGAGCGAAAUUGAAUCCUACAUCGUAUUAGUUUAUCUAGGAAAACAUACGUUCCUAAAUCGGACUUACAAACUUUCCGAUGGAGAGUUGAAAUGCGAGCUGUGGACGGAAUACGUCUGCUUGAAAAAUGUUAACUUCAAACCAGGUUCUUCGGUCGAGGUUUCGGCGAAAAACAAGAACGUGGAGGAACCAGGAAGCCCGGACAAUGUUACGUUUAACAUGGACGACUGGUUUAAGAAGCCACCUGGCAAACCUCUGAACUUGACAGCGCACCCCCAAACUUAUGGAACGGUGAUAUUGAAAUGGAGACAUCCGUCGUUUACUCCGGUAACCAUCGCGAAAUUCUGCAUCAACGUCGAAAUUUUGAGUACGAACCUAAUCGCAGAUCCGACGUACCUGUAUCCAAUAACGCAGAAUUAUGACGUAACAGAGAAGCAGAAAGAAUACCAAACAACAAUAAACGUCGCGACCGCGUCACGGUACCGCAUUUCUGUUAAGGCGGUAAAUCAGCGCAACGUUGAAAGCGUAUCAGUCCGCCGUAACGUUUCAGUAAAGCCAAGCCUUGCUUUCGAGAGUACAAACAAACUCGACAUAAAACGUGACGAAAAUACCAUCCGACUCAGGAUUCCUGCGCUAAUUAAUGCGACGCGAAAUACGAUGCUCCACGUGACCGUAAAAAGAUUUUUAACCUGCGAGCGAAAAGAUUCAAAACCGUCAUUGGAAAAACACUUGAAUUCCGAAGUAAUACUGAUGAAUGAUAUUAAGGUAACUGACAACGAACCGAAAAUCGUGAAUAUUUCUAUGAGCAAAACUGUUCGCUUCGUGGAUAAUUGUCUCUUACUUUCUAAAGAGUAUUUUAAAAUUGAGGUUCGAGUAAAUGACUCGUUCUCCAAGGAGACGGAUGACCUUCCCAGGUUCACCGCUAUACGAAGCCUACAAGAAAAACCUCAAAAACAGAAUCUACUUUGGCUUCUACUCGUCAUCCCAUUAACCAUGACAAUUCUAUUACUCAUUUAUUUUCGAACCCGUCUAAGACCGGGGAUGCAAAAGAAUCAGCACAGUACUGUUUCGCUUCCGAUGAGUGUGAACUUUGGUGCACCUAGUAAGAUCACAUCGACUCCGUGUGCUGUGAAGCAAUCAAUCGACCCACCCCCACCCCCACCAAACCUAUCGCCACGUUCAGUUUCCGAGCAGAGUAAACCUGACGUGGUGCAAUCCGAUGAUCAAUAUCGACCUGUGAAAAUCGAAGAAUUUGAAGAGUACGCGAAAGAGGCCCUCGCGAGUGGACUGCUUGAAUUCCAAUACACGCAAUUUCCGAGAGGAUUCCUGUCGACGUGCCGAUAUGCAAAAUUGCCCGAAAAUAAAUCGAAGAACAGAUACAGCGAUCGGGUACCGUAUGACAAAAACCGAGUGGAGCUUGAGAAAGUUUCGGAUGAUCCCUAUUCCGACUAUAUUAACGCAAGUUACGUACAGGGUUACCGUAAAACGAGGGCCUACAUCGCGACACAAGGACCAAAACCGAAUACGGUAAAAGACUUUUGGAAAAUGGUUUGGCAGGAGAACGCACGAGUUAUUUGCAUGGUAGCCAACAUAAUCGAGAGUGGAAAGACAAAGUGUGAAAAGUACUGGCCGGAAUGUGGUAGCAAUAUCAAAUACGGCGAUAUUAUCGUCUCGAACACAGGCCACGAAGUGCUUGCCGAUUAUGUCGUCAGGACCUUGCAGAUAGAAUGCCAAAAUGAUAAGCGUGAGAUCACGCAUCUUCACUACACGGGAUGGCCGGAUCACGGAGUGCCGAUGUACACCCAAUCGCUUGUCGCUUACCUUAAAAAGAUCCUGGCAACGCCCGCCGGCAAAGGUCCCGUGGUCGUCCACUGCAGUGCAGGAGUAGGCAGGACCGGAACCAUAAUUUUGUGCGACAUCUGCCUACGCCAAGCCGUCGUCGAGAGGGUAAUCGAUAUGCCAAUGGUGGUCAGGAGAAUGCGAGGGGAUCGUGCCAAUAUGGUGGACAACGCCCAACAGUACUGCCUUGCUCAUCUCGUAGUUUUGGAAAGUAUUUUUGCUGGACAAACGCAAAUGCAGUGUAGCAACGAUUUGCCAGAACAGAUAAAUAAAAUGAGGCAACAGCUACCACUCGACAUGCAGAGGCUCAAAGAUGCUGUCUGGCAGGACCGGGUUUUACAAUCAAUGUGGGCAGCAGGAGGCUUCGCUCAUGAAAACAUUGGAAACAAAGGUUUUGAACUUGUUCCAGUAAAUCCCGCCAAGUCCGAGUUUGAACAGCCCCCAAGUUUCGCCAGGGUGGGAAAUUACAGUAAUAUAAUAAGCGUCGUCGGAGUAAAAAUGAAAAACCAAUAUUUGGUAUCACAACUUCCCUCACCCUCUACCCUACGUGAAACGUGGAAAAUAAUUGGAGAAAUGAACGUGGAAUUGGUAAUAGUGUUGCAAAGCGCUAAGCCCCAAGACGAUACGCCAAUUUGUGACAUCAUAACAAGCCAACCGAUAUGCGUCCCGUUGCCCUAUCUUCAAGUGAUAACGGAAAGAAGUUUCGAGGAUAAACAUUUUACAACCCAUCAACUGGUGCUUAUCGAUACCUCCCAGGAAGAAGAAAGAUUACAAACAGUAACCGUGAUAACAUGUACCGGAUGGGGAUGUGACGAAGGCGGAAAACCGCCGACGGUCAAGUCGCUGGUAUCACUUUGGAAUUCCUCGGAAAAAAUACCAAGAAAAGCAGGCCCUGUCUUGGUGCUUUGUCGUGACGGCGUCACGGCAUGUGGACUAUACGUGGCGCUCAGUUUCAUGUUGGAACGAAUGGCGAUGGAGAGAGAAUGCGACGUAAUUUCCGCCGUCCGAGCUGUUCGCCGAUCUAAUCCUGGAUUCGUAAAAUCGAAGGAGCAAUUCGAGUAUCUCUACGACGCGGCGGUCAACUACUUUGGCUGUUUUGAGACUUACGCGAACUUCUCGUGAACCAACGGAUUGUUGGUAUUGGGAUAAAGUGAAUGUGCGACAAGCGAUGAUCAUUGAAAAUUCAAUCGAAGGAACAAUUAUACAAAAUUAUCAUUUCCAAGAAACAAAAACCAUGUUAUCCAAUUGUAAUCUUAAUUAAUAAACACCGCGAAUUACUGAAUCAA